GAGAGAGCAUGUGCAUAUGUAUUUGUAAAUAGUAUAAUGUUCAUAUUAAUUAAUAUUGAAUGCAGAACUUUUCGAAAUAAAUGUUAGCCAGUUUUAUCAGUAUUGAAAUGAAAUUAACGGCCUCAUAAAAAUCAUUUGGCACUCAGAUUGGCAAGUUUUUGUAAAAUCUUAAGUUUUAUUUGUACACCAUAAAAGUUUUGCAUUAAUUCGAAGUAGCUUUUAGAAAACUUCAAAAACGUAAGCGAGCUAUGAGUACUUUGGCGUGAUAAAGUUAAAUUUUGUGAACAGCAGUGAUUCAAGCAGAAGCCAGAAAAUUGAAUACAGUCAGAUGACGUACAGGCAGGCUUUCGGACGCUCUUUAAAAAUUAUAAUUAGUGACUUCUUAUAAGUUUUUGCUUCCAAUCCCAAUUCAGAAUUUGGCAGCGAAAGGUUCUGCCUUAAUGAUGUUAUUUAGUUAUUAUAUAUAGGUGCCAUGACAUUGUCAACAUUGUAGUUUUAAGCCGGUCUGUCUAAUUGACAAAAGCUAGCGCCGCCGUCUAUGAGCAGUUGAGCUAGUACGAGCAUCAGUGCCUGCAAACUGCACGCCCCGCCUCCAAGUACCAAAAUUAUAUCCGAUGUGAGUGACACUCUUGUGAGUUGAUAAAAUCUGUGCAUAUCAAGACUUAUUUCGCGCUUAAAUAAACAUGAUUAAGUGAAAAUUAUACCCCAAAACUCUCAUCGACAAACAUUUUAGUGUAAUCGAUUCCUCCCGCAGUCUUAGCAUCUCCUGAUGCAUCCCAGGAUCGUUCAUGUAACUCAUCACUCGCUGACAUGAAGGUACGAGACACCACCGGCUUAUAAUUCACUUCCUGCACCACCACGUACGAGGGCUAUGCGAAAAUUGGUCCAACGUCAUGGGUGCUCAACAGACCAAAGAUAGGGUAAUAACCCAAGGUACUGUGGUUAGGCAGACUCGCAAACAACCCAGAAAUCCCAAAGAUUCAAGAGCAAUGGGAUCUAAUAUCUUCACAGAACAUAGUGAAGCUCUACUUCAGAGUAGACCUCUUCCACAUAUUCCAGCCUUGCCAGAGAGUGAUCCACCAAGUACAUCUAGUACUCCAUCAAUUUCACAACAAUCUACUUUGGAUCAACAUGUCACUGUUACAUCAAGUGGGCUUCUUGAAGCUGCAAAUAGAUGGACUAGUAAGGAAAAUCUCUUAGCUCAAGAAGAAGACGAUCCACAACUUUUUGUUGCUCUUUACGAUUUUCAAGCAGGUGGAGAAAAUCAGUUGGGUUUAAAAAAAGGUGAACAAGUUCGAAUUUUGAGUUACAAUAAAAGUGGAGAAUGGUGUGAAGCUCAUUCAAGUUCUGGUCAAGUUGGUUGGGUACCAUCAAACUAUGUUACCCCAGUUAAUUCAUUAGAAAAACAUUCAUGGUACCAUGGUCGAAUAUCCCGAAAUGCUGCUGAGUAUCUAUUAAGUUCUGGUAUAAAUGGAAGUUUCCUUGUCAGAGAGUCUGAAAGUAGUCCAGGUCAACGUAGUAUAUCAUUGAGAUAUGAAGGAAGAGUAUACCACUACAGAAUUAAUGAGGACAAUGAAGGAAAAAUGUAUGUAACAACAGAGAGUAUUUUUAAUACAUUAGCUGAGCUAGUGCACCAUCAUUCUAUGCUUGCUGAUGGACUUAUAACUCAACUUUUAUAUCCUGCUCCAAAACGUAAUAAACCAACUGUAUUUCCACUAAGCCCAGAGCCAGAUGAAUGGGAAAUUAAUAGGACUGACAUUGUGAUGAGACAUAAACUUGGAGGGGGGCAAUAUGGUGAUGUUUAUGAGGCAGUAUGGAAAAGAUAUAACAUGACUGUUGCUGUAAAAACCUUGAAGGAAGAUACUAUGGCAUUAAAAGAUUUUUUAGAAGAAGCAGCUAUAAUGAAAGAGAUGAAACACAGAAAUUUGGUACAAUUGAUUGGAGUUUGUACAAGAGAACCUCCUUUCUAUAUUAUUACAGAAUUUAUGAGUAAAGGAAAUUUAUUAGAUUAUUUACGUAAUGAAAGUAAACAUCAAAUUAAUGCUGUAGUAUUAAUGCAUAUGGCGACACAAAUAGCUAGUGGCAUGAGCUAUCUUGAGAGUCGAAGUUUCAUUCAUAGAGAUUUAGCUGCUAGAAACUGCUUAGUUGGGGAAAGCCACCUUGUUAAAGUGGCGGAUUUCGGAUUAGCCAGAUUAAUGAGAGAUGAUACAUAUACAGCUCAUGCUGGUGCAAAAUUUCCUAUAAAAUGGACAGCCCCAGAAGGUUUAGCUUAUAAUAAAUUUUCAACAAAAUCUGAUGUUUGGGCGUUUGGUAUUUUACUAUGGGAAAUCGCUACUUAUGGUAUGUCUCCUUAUCCUGGAGUAGAUUUGACAGAUGUAUAUCACAUGCUUGAAAAAGGGUAUAGAAUGGAAUGUCCUCCUGGUUGUCCACCUAAAGUAUAUGAAUUGAUGCGUCAAUGUUGGCAAUGGUCUGCCUCUGAUAGACCAACAUUUAAAGAAAUACAUCAUUCUCUAGAGAAUAUGUUUCAAGAAUCAAGUAUAACAGAAGAGGUCGAAAAACAAUUGCAAGGUAGUGGGUCACAAAUUCAACUUUUACCAAGCAACAAAUCACAAACAGGUAGUUCAACAAAUAUUCAUGGACUUGUUCUUUCAACCGAACAACUUUCAAAUAGUAUGCCAGAAUCAAGUUCUGGCGGGAAAUUGAGCACAUUUACAGGAGGAUUUUCAACAAAAGGCAAUAGCAGUUUAGUUCAAAUGCGAAGAUCAACAAAUAAAAAAGGCAAACAAGCACCUGCUCCUCCCAAACGCACAAGUCUUCUUUCAUCAUGUAGCUCUUUCCGAGAUUCGGCAUAUCAAGAUCAGGAUCAUCAAAAUACAGAUGUGCCAAAUGUUGUAUUACACGAUAGCAGUGAUCUAAAUGGAGUAGUGCGAGAUACGACGACGGGUAAUAGUCAAUCAGCCAGCGGUGCCGAUUGGGACAUGGAACACGACGGGGACAGCUCUCAAGGUGGCGGCGGUGGCGGUGGCGCUAGUACCAGUGACGCGAAUUUCGGGACGCUGCUGUCCAUAUCCCCAGAACCGACGUCCAAUCAUAAACGAUUAACAAAGCCACGCGCACAUGCGUCUAAGGAAGUGCUGCCACAGAAGCUGGUACACGUGGGAGCUUUAGAGGUGCAAAAUGUUAAAAGGGCCAUCCACCGGUACGGAACAUUGCCGAAAAAUGCACGCAUCGGAGCUUAUUUGGAAAGCUUGCGUCAGAGCGGGACUCCGGAUAGCGAAGGAACGAGUGCCAUUGGUAUCGAUCAGCACGAGUCAUUCGAGGCACCGGCCAGCAUAAAUUGCAGCCUCAUGGAGCGCGCGUCCAAUCGAAAUCAGCUGCAGCAACGCCAGCAAAACAAUUCGCUCUCGCCUCGCCAAAGCAAAUUGCGCGGCUCGGCCCAGAUGACGCGUAGCAAUUCGUCGUCGGGCGUUGUCACGCCUCAAAGUCAAACUCAAACGCAGACUCCGCACUCAGCCCGCAAAAUGUCCGAGUUGAGAACUUUUUGUGCUCCUGUACCCCCGCCUAGCUUUCGGGGGCCCAGUCCGCCGCGACCGACACAGCCGAGUCUGGCUGAUCUGGAGUUUCCGCCUCCGCCCCUCGAUCUACCACCUCCACCGAGUACGGACCUGCUCGGUACAGCCGAUCCUGGAACGACGGACCUCGAAUGCUCCGAGCCUUCGGCGAUAGAAGCAAGCUCUCGAUUCGGUGUAAACUUGCGUCCUCGUCGCGAGCGUUCGGCCGAGCCAGCGCUUCGAACUAUGGCCGAUGCUUGCGGUCAGACUUCGCCCCAAAAAGCGAGCGACGCGCUUGAGCUACCUCUACCUCCGCCUCCACCACCACCACCUCAGGAAGAGCCAGCUGCCGCCGGUGCUUCGUUCAGCAAUAAGCCCGGCAUGAAGGAGCUGCUCGAACUCAAGCUUAUCAAUGAGAUCAAACAGAGCGGCGACGACGGUGAGCUACCAGCGCCGAUGCGUGGAUCGACCGGAAGGCGCUUCGAUCCCGCAUCCCAGCUAUUAUCGGAGCUGUGCGCAGGUUUGGCGCCACCCGAGUACGCGAGUACAAACGUUAUACCGUCCGUUGAAAGCCCUGAACCUACCGGCUUGGGAUUCAAAUUAAAGCGAGUUGAGCGUAGGCCCAAGGAGGACACCGACGGUGCAACAAUUAUCGAUUUCAAAGCCCGCUUGCGAAAAGUUGAGCCCGGUGAGCGAGCGCCUCCCUCGCCAAGUUUCGGUUUGGCCGUUGACGAGCGUAACGUUCCAUCGGCCUCGGACUCGGAUGAGCCACAAGAUGACAAACGAUGCAGCACCGGCAGUAUCAGUAGUUUGAAAAAGCUUUGGGAGACCAAAGAGCAAGAGCCGAUCCCACCCUGCAGUCCACGUGCCCCCCAUCGAAGCGAAGAACCGACGGAGGAAUCGCCGGAAGAAACGAAUACUGCCUCGUCAGGCCGCCCAGCAACUUCUACGAGUGCUACUCGCAAUUGGCCACCAUCGGCACGCGAAGCAGAAUCUGAGAAACCUGUGGUGCCAAUGAAACCCAGCAAACAACAACCCACUGCCUUGAUCAAACCGUUCGGAUUGUCGAUUUACGCUACGCCUAACUGUCAUAAAUCCCCCGAAAUUGGAAAUAGCGAAUCUGCAGACGCUAAAACUGGAAAACAGUCCAUUCUUGAGAUCAUCAAUGUAUUGGAGAACAGCAUCGUUAGUCUAAAAGCCAACCCGAACAGUGCAAUUGCUAGCUGGCUGCAGCUCUCCGAUAAAGUUGGAUUAUUGCACGGAAUGUGUACCUGCUAUGCGCAAGAGAUGUCGGAGCACGUACCUGCUCAUGCCAAAUUUCAAUUUCGCGAUGUAUCUUCACGGCUGGAAUUGCAGGCACGACACUUACGUGCUGCGGGAUCUCGUAAUGUUGAUGAAAAUACGAGGCUUCUCAACGAUUUGUACAACACGGUCAAGGAUGUGAGCAAUGUCGUACAAAGAUAAAGCUAAGGAACUACAAAAGCUUUUUGUUUAUUCUUUCAUUACGAGUAGUAUUUGUCUAACAAGGCUUCAAAAUCAAUGAUAGUGCGAAUUCAGCUAAAUUCGGUCGAAUGAAUACAAUGUGCUAAUUGCUGAAAAUUGAUAUAUCCUACGAUCUAAGUCAUUAAACCACUGUCCAAUGACCGAGACUGACCGGAGGACCUGGCAUCCAGUGUCUCACCGCUAGAAUAGACAUUAUACUGAGCGUUAUUUUUAUGAUCGAAAUGCAACGAUUGCAAAAUUUAUCUACUUGUGUAUUUCGCGAAUCUAUUGACAGAUGCUUAAAUAAUCAUCGUGCAGUUACAAUUUAUUAAAUUAUACAUAAAAAAGUAUUUAUUCUCUCACACCGCUGAAACUAUUAGAAAGUGAUGUAUACAAUACAAAUGCAAAUGAUUUGCUGAUGCAGAAAAUUGCAUGAUCAUGUAGACUUAGGAUUAAAAAAAUGAUAUUGUUGCUGUGACACUCUUCUCUUUCUCUCUCUCUCUCUCUCCCUCUCUUUCUCUCUUCAUUUGGCUCUAUCUCCAUGCAUUCAUCUAUCCAUCCAUCUUUUUUUCAUAAAAAUAUUAUAUAUAAUUUUAUAUAACUGUUUACGACUCAUUACUAACGUAAUUUUUAUAUAUUGUAAUUACUGAAUAUUCUGUGCGCUAAAUCUAUGGUAUUUUAAGUCUAUUAAUAAGUAAUUUUUAUGUUUUUCCAUGUGUAUUUUUAGAAUGAGACAAUAUUGAUAAUGAUUUUCUGUCUAUGACCAAGUCAGAUUAAUGACUUUAUUGUAUCGCUACUUUUCAUAAAAUUAGAAACAAAUUAAUGAGAUUUAUCAAAAUAAACAACCGUAUGUUCAAACUUGUCAGAGUGUCGAUAUGAUUGUGAACUUGAAAUGUUUUCCUGUAAUUAAAAAUCGACAUUUUGUUGCUCUACUAAUAGUGGUUUUUUUAAUAAUAAUUAUUAUUAUCAAAGAUAGUACAAGCUCUACUGUAAAGAGCAUGUGUAAGAGCAUAAUCAGUUGUGUUUUUUAUGUAGAAUUGUAUUGAAUUAAAUCAUAUGAAUACAAAAAAUAAAAAAUCGAAAAUUGCACUAAAA